CGCUCGCAGCUCGACUGCCUCUACUACGACCUGGGUCUGCCGCAUCGUGAUGCGACUAACGAUCAAGUGACGAUUGACGCAGCGCACGCGAUACUUAAGCACAAUGUGGGCAUUAAGUGCGCUACUAUUACACCAGAUGAACAGCGUGUUGAAGAAUUCAAGUUAAAGAAGAUGUGGCUAAGUCCGAAUGGUACUAUACGUAACAUUCUGGGCGGAACUGUCUUCCGUGAGCCAAUUCUAUGCAAGAGUAUACCCCGAGUUGUGCCUGGCUGGACUAAAGCUAUUGUUAUCGGUCGCCAUGCCCAUGGAGACCAGUACAAAGCACAAGACUUCGUAGUUCCAAAGCCUGGAAAGGUGGAAUUAGUUUACACACAAGAAGAUGGUACAGUGACAAACACGCUAUUGUACGAUUUCAAAGUUCCUGGAGUUGCAAUGGGAAUGUACAACACGGAUGAAUCGAUCCGAGCGUUCGCGCAUUCCAGUUUUCAGGUAAAUAUCAUAAUGUUAUAUCUUUAAUUCAAUUGAUAAUUA